AUGGAACGUCUUCCUUCUUCAACCGAAUCGGCACAGGCGCUGGAUUCUCAACAAGACGAAUUUUUCACACAGAUUACCCCUUGGACAGUCAAUGAGCCGGUCACGGUUUUUGAAGUUGCCCCACAGUGUACCCAGGCGUUCUCGAACCCUUUACGACUUCGGCAUUCGCUGGCUUCAAACACCAGGACUGGCUCUUCAAGCCAUGAAUCUGGCAUACCACACUGUGAAUUAAAGGCGAAUCCUCCUGUCGACGGUGACAAUUUGGGAGAAGAACCGACUGGGAGAAAGCACGGUGAGACGCGACCCACUACUCCUUGGUAUGCUCGAGAAGAUAUGCUCGGCAUUGUCGUCCCAUUCAACCACUGCAACUGCCACCCCAAGUUUUUAACGAGCAUUACUACCCUUCACAACAAUGUCAGUCCACAGUAUACCCAGUGUGGUAUAGUGGACAGCCUGAAGGACCUCCAUGUUAUCACGACCCAGAUCAUCCAGUGCAAUUCUCGUGUCUUCCCACAGCGAAUAUGA